GAUUGACAGUUAACUGAAUGUUUUCGAUUUUUGAUUUUUCACGCUUGGAUUUUUUCUGUGCUGGAACUUUCGAAUAAAAAAUUGUAAUUACACAGAAAAUUUUAUGAAGUUAACUAAUUGUGAAGGAUACGAGUGUUGAAGUCGGAAGAUCUAUACCAUUAAAGCCAUGGCAAGCUGGGCCAAUCGUCCACCGAUCGGAGAUGGUUCUUUCUCGGGCGCCUCCAAUAACAACCCCGCCUCGGUUCGAAAGAAGUGGAAUCUUGAAGAUAAAAAAUCCUUGCGGAAUCUAAAGUACCAUUUCGCCGAGGACGGGUGCUCGGAAGUUCAGUACACGUUGGCGAAACAGCUAUUGGAAGAAAACGCUGAAACCGAUCCGGCUCACAAUCAUGCUCAAGGUGUGCACUGGUUGCUUCGGGCCGCUCAGCAAGGUCACGAGCAAGCGAUUGGUUUGCUCAACGAUUGCUACCGGAGCGGGCGCGGAAUCAACGAAGCUAACGAGGAAGAUGUGAGAAGUUGCUUGGCGAUGAGUCCCGGAGAACGAUCUGCACGGCGUGCGGCACAGGAGCUGUUCGCCUCUUUAUCCAAUGGUGAGGAGUACGUAACAGCGGCACAGCUCGAAAAACGUAUGCGCGAGAUUUACAAGCUGGAUAAGAAGCGAAAACGUACACGACCGGAUGGGGCGGAAGCAGGGGAGGAUCGAGUUCAAGCUAGUCCUGACAGAAAUGGUUCAUUUAGUGGUAGCCGUCUGAAUCGAAGCUCUGGGCAAUUUCAUCCGGUCAAUCAUAUUUCGGAGGCCAAUCUGUUGUCAGCGGCUGUGAACUAUUCUAACGGAAGGUUACCUUUGGUCAGCAAUGCUUUAACGCUAUCCGUGCCAAACCCUCAGAGCUUGGACCACGUGCCUUGCUUCCACAGGCCGUUUUUCCAUCCGAUAAUGUUUUUCUCGCUGUUGUACCACCGAUUGUUAGCAAUGAUUGCAGGAUUUCCUGGUUCCGGAUUCAAUGGACUACAACUAGUCCUACUUUUGGUCGCUUACUCACUAUUUGCGAGUGAAAACUUGUUCACAUUGGUGCCCGUAACAGCGUUUUAUGUGAGUUUGAUUGUGAUGGUUUUGUGCAGCUUCAAAAUGCUGAAAUCCAAACACGAUUUCAUUGAUUUUCGUAUGUGGUCGGGAUUGUUCCUGCGGUAUGGCGAUGAGCAUCUCAAUACGGAUGACUCGGAAAACCAGUUUCUUCGCAACAAUCUUCGGCCGUAUCUGUACUUUUUUGUGGCGUUCUUCGUCAACAUGAUGCUCCAGCCUAACAUCAACGAUCAGUGGCUACCAUUUUCGGAAAUCACCGUGGUGGCGUUCAUGUUGACUUUUGUCACCAUGCUAGCAUUCAUGUACACCUCGCGGGGUCCGUUUCCGGACUAUUUGAUCCUGUUCUCAUUCGGGCUAAACGUGCUGGCCAAGUAUCCGUACGAGAUGGAUUCGGUCGUGACGACCGGGUGGCGGUUUUUGGAUUUGAAAGUUCCAGCCUUCUCAACGUUCGUCAUUGGAAAUGGGAUCGAGUUCUGUUUAAACUGUCGAGCGUUGCUGUACCUGAUCAUCCCAGCGUUUCUGACCUUCAUUGCACGCAGAAAUAGCUGGCGCGGAAUUUACCAGUAUCUGAUUCCGCACUGCGUGACCCUGGCGUGGCUGCAGAUCUGCAUCAUCGGUUCACAGUCCGCAACGAUGUUCGGUUUGGUUCGUGGCGCGUUAGGGCUUUCGGGAUUGCUGCUCUUUCUGCCUCUGUUUGGCAUAGUGACUCUUCUGAUCCCGGUGUUUGCUGCAAUCGAGUGGCUCUCACUUACCGAUUCCACGGUUCGCUUGUGGUCAUCAAUAAGUGCAGGUAUUGUAGCGAUCCUCAUUUCGUUCUACAUGGCAGCAUCGAGACGAACCGAGAAGUAUAUCACGUUCCUGCAGAUAUCGAUUUGUGUUGUGGCGACCGUUUUCCUAACCCUGCCCCACAUGAUGUCCAACUUUGAAACGCUCCAUGCCGCGGAAGCGGGACUGUACGAAUCGAGUACCAUUUCCUCACCAGGUGGAGCCGAAAGUCAAAACAUGCCACCGAACAGCCUAAGCUGGGAAUCUUACUACAAAUUUUGCCAUCAGCCGGCUUGGGAUCGUUUGGGGAACAAAAUAAAAACCCAGCUAAGGUGCGCUCAUCUGGACGGUACUGCCGUACGUUGGGAGGGCAAUGUAGUCGAUCUGGAAAUAGUCAGUCGAAAAAAUUGGCGAGCGGAUUUCAUCCAAAGUUAUGUACCAAAAUUUCUAACAGAUCGUGUCGCGUGUUUCUACGGUGAACGUGUUGAGCCUGAGUGUGGCCCAGUUGAGGACCCUCAACACUGCGAAGAGAUGAAGAGCUUCAUGCAACAGCAGUCUCGCUGCCACUUGGACAAAUGGACCACCUACGAGUACGAACUCAAAGUACGCAUGCCGUCGUUGGGACUUCUGUCGAAACCAGCGGAGAUCGUCCUGAAGGCGCAACACGCGUUCGGCAACUUCACCCAAGGUUUGAACAACAGCGACCGGAUUUGGUUUAUAGGAAUACUGCGCAACUUCCUGAAGCCAACAUCACCGGUGCACGGUCACGGGACCGGCGAUCCUUCCGACAGUGGCAACUUCGAUAACGAUUUGCACAUGGAUUUGGGCGAUGGUUCAGGAACGAGCAGUCGAUCUGAUCGGAGUAAUAUGCGCUUGGGGCGGAAGAAUCCGCUGAUUGAACUGCUUUCGAUUGGCUGCAUAAACUGUCAGAAUCGCGAUCUGUCGGCGAUGCACAUGUCCGAGGGAUUGAAGGUGAAUGCGCGGAUGCGUGAUUUGCUGCGUGGGAUCAAGUAUCUCUUGAACGUAAUGUUCAACCCGUUGGUGAUCUUCAAAUAAUCUGAGUUUUCUCGUCUUUUGCUGCGGCGAUUGGCAUAACUAUCAUUUGAUGUUAAGUUUUAGGUGAGUUUAACCCAUCCAUGUCGUACUGAGAGUUUCAUACUGAUUUAUUUUAAGCAAUUAAGUUAGAUUUAGCAUGCGAGAAAAAGGAUUGCAUUUACGAGUGAUAACUUUAAUUUUUAUGAGCAUUCGACAUGCAAGAAAUGCUGUGAGCAAGAGUUAACACAUAAUAUAGAAAUAAAUCAAUAACUAUUUAUUAUAGCA